ACCUGCCUAUCGGUGCCAGUGAUCGACCUUCGACUAGCAUCACCAGAACUCCCACGAUGUCAUCCUUCAAGGACAAAGUUGUUAUUGUGACCGGAGCCAGCUCCGGCAUAGGAGCAGGUGCCGCCGUCCACUUGGCCAGCCUCGGUGGUCUCCUGGUCAUCGUGGGUCGCAACGUGGAGAAGCUGAGGGAGACGGCCGACAAGAUUGUGGCGGUCGGAGGAGCUCCAGCCUUGGAGCUGCAGGCGGACAUGACCAAGGAGGCCGAGGUGCAGCAGAUAGUGGACGCCACUCUGGCCAAGUACGGACGCAUCGAUGUGCUGGUCAACAACGCGGGCAUCCUGGAGUCCGGCUCCAUCGAGAACACCAGCCUGGAGCAGUUCGACCGCCUGAUGAACACCAAUGUGCGCUCCCUGUACCAACUCACCAUGCUGGCCACUCCGGAGCUGGUCAAGACCAAGGGCAACAUUGUGAACGUGUCCAGCGUUUGUGGACUACGCGCUUUUCCCGGUGUCCUGGCCUACAAUGUCUCCAAGGCGGCGGUGGAUCAGUUCACGGCCUGCGUGGCCCUGGAACUGGCCUCUAAGGGCGUCCGUGUCAACGCAGUGAAUCCCGGCGUCAUUGUAACCGAUAUCCACAAGCGCGGCGGCAUGGACGAGGAGACGUACGCCAAGUUCCUGGAGCACUGCAAGGUCACCCACGCCCUUGGUCGUCCUGGGGAUGUCAAGGAGGUGGCUGCGGCCAUUGCCUUCCUGGCCAGCGAUGCCGCCAGCUUCAGCACUGGGGUCAGUCUGCCCGUGGACGGAGGUCGCCAUGCCAUGUGCCCGAGAUAAAUUCACGCGGUGAAGAGGGAGUAUUAUCCAAUCAUACAGUGGCAUUUAACGAAUUUAAUCACUGAGAUUGUCAAUCAUUAUAAUGAAGUAUUGAAUUGAAAUAUACAUAGCUCAUAACUUAGAAA